UCAUAAACGCAAAGGCCCUGAUAUGGAUGGGAAGUUAAGACUCAAGGUCAAAAUCAAGGUCACGGCAAUAUUCACACCUAAAGGCCAAUCCACUGAUCAACACCAAAUAGUAUUUUAUAGAACAUGGUGGCUUCGCGCAAAAAUUAAAGUAUACGAAAAUUAUAUUAAUUUUUAUGAACUGCAGAGAUAGGCAGCUAGUGCAGUGUGUCGGUUUCCGUCUUAGUGUCUUGUUAUUCGAGUCUAAAUAGUAAACAAAGCAAAUGGCGUCAAACAGAUGAAGUUCUCUCUCGUUAGAAAUUAAAAGACACAACAAAAUGUCUACCAGUGAAGUUGAAAAUACACCCGUUGCUGAUCAAGUUGACGGCAAUGUAACAUCUGCUCCAGCAGAAACGGAAGCUACCCCUACUACUGAAGUCACAGAAACUGAGACAGCAAAAAACACGGAUAUAGAAACCCCUCUCACGACAUCAGCAGAGGAAGCAAAUAAUGAGGACUCCGAGAAUCCAUCUUCAGAAGAAACAAAGACAGGCAUAGAAACUUCCGAAUUAGCUGCUGAAGAAGAAUCCAAACAAGAUGCAGAAGCCGAAGAACCAAAAAAUAAAGCCGACGAAUCUGAAAACCCGGAAACCGUAGAAGAAAAGUCACAGGAGGCUACAAUCGCACCCGAGUCCUCCGAAGUAAACACAGAAAAUACCCCGAAAGCAUCAGAGCCGUCUGAAGAAAAGACUGAAUGUGGUGUCGUUAACGAAUCAGUCGUGGAAGUUGAGUGCACACCAAACCAAACUGAAGAUACUACCGAUGGACCUAAUGCAAACCCCACUGCCGAAGAAGCCAAAAGUAGAUCUAGCUCCAUCAAGGACGUUGAUGCAGCUGUAGAAGAACUGCUCCAAGACAAGGAGCUUAUCCCCAGAGAAAAAACACCCCCAGUUGAAAAUACCGAUGAAAGAGCUGAAGAUGGGGUAGUGGUCGCUAUAGUACCUGUGGACGCAGCUUCAGAAAAUCGUAGCAAAGAUGCAGAGUCUGAAUCACGUGGAGAAGACAGAACCGAAGGACCCAAAUCAGAUCCAGAAACGAGAGGUGAUGAAGAUACAGGGGGAGAACAAAGUACAGCCACGUCAUUGGGUGAUCAGGGAGCACAGAAAGAAGCUAUCCAGAAACUCAUCGAUGAUAAAACACUAUUAGAAAAGGAUUUUUUCUCUCUCAAAUCACAACUUGAUACACUUAAAAUAGACUAUUCAAAGAUGGAAUUGGAAGUCGAAGCCGUCAAUACCUCUAGAAAAGAACAGGAUGAUUACAUAAAAACUUUGGAAUGCGAUGUCACGAAACUGAAAAAAUAUGAAGACUGGGGCAAAAAUAACGAAGAAAAAAUUAACGAUGUUCAAAGCAAAUUAAAAAGUUUAGCUGAAGUAGAAGAAGGAAAAAAUCAGAAGAUUGUCGAUCUAGAAAAACAGCUUAUUGUUGCUAAAGACAAACUAGACCAAGCUGAAAAGAAUAUUGAAGACAAUGAGGCUUCCAACACUAGAGCAGAUGACGAAAAACCCAAAUCAAGGACAUGCACCAUAAUGUAACUUAUAGAAAUUUGAACAUUAAAGAGUAAAUCCCUUAACACCAAAGAAAAAGGCUGUGAUUAUUUCCAAGAAGAAACCAAGUAUUAAUUAGAAAGUGACAAUUGUAGAUUAUAGAAACUUUCAUGUUGUGGUGUUGGGAACAUUCUUCUUAUUGACAACUUAAAUUGUUUACUAUUAUAGAAAUUAAUAAUAUUCUGCGCCCUCUCAAUAGUUUUUCAUGAUGUGAUAUAAUGUUAGAUAUGCGAGCUAUAGCCACUUUUUAGGUUACUAUUUAACAUGCUUUGUGAUAUUACCCAACAUUUAUUUUUGCGCACCAAUUCAGUUUGAAUAAUAUAGCCAUCGAAUUCGUCGACAUUAUGUAAAUCAUUACG